AUGGCUCUGAACCCCGAGGACGCCAGUGGUGGGUUCCACCAUCACACAGUCGUGGCCUUCAUCAACGAGAAGAUGGCCAGGCACGCGAAAGGCCCUGAGUUCUACCUGGAUAAUAUAAUCCUGUCCUGGGAGGAGGUGGAGGACAAGCUCAGGGCCAUCCUGGAGACCAGUGAGGUGCCCAGCGAGGCCAAAGAGGCCUGUGCCUGGGGCAGCCUGGCCCUGGGCGUGCGCUUUGCCCGCAGGCAGGGCCAGUUACACGGGCGCAGGGUGCAGUGGCUGCACGACUUCGCCAAACUGCACAAGUCGGCCGCACAGGCUUUGGCCUCAGACCUGAAGUUGCUCACGUCGCAACUGGAGAUGGAGCGCAAGGAGGCGGCCUUCCGCCUGCAGCUGGCCCACACCAGCCUGGCCGAGGUGCAGAAAGAACGGGACCUCCUGAGGGCUCAGCCAGAGCCAGUCGCAGAGGGACCAGGCCUGGCCACUGCCGCUGGCGCUGGAACUGAAGGAGCAGGUGAGGAGAGAGAGAAGGCCAGCACCGCAGCUACUACUGCUACUGCUUUCGGCGCCGCAGGAGGCGGAGGAAGUCACAAGGAUGCGGAGAGGGCGGAAACAGAGGAGCUGAGUGAAGACCUUAACCUUAUGCAGCUUCUCGGAGCUGUGGACCAGAAAGAUUACACUUCUGGCAGGCAGAGGGAGGGAGAUCUCGGGUCAACAGACACAGCCAUGUUUUAUUUCCCCGAGACCCUCAAGCCCGAGCCCACAGUCUCACCGGAACCCCUCACUGUCCAGCUCCCUGCCUCAUUCACAUACUCCUACCCAUGCCCCUUGUUCCCCUUCUCAGAGGCAUCCACACCAUCCCCACCCGCAUCAUCCCCACUCACAGCAACGUUCACAGCAGCAGCUCCAUCUCCCAACUGGGGACCCUUUGAUAUUAGCUUGUGGUCUGAUAUGGGGGCCCACGGACUAGAGCCUCAGGAACCACAGAGAGACAGGAGAGACUCUGAUGCCCAUCAGCAGAGAAGACCUCCAGUAUUUCGCAGGCCAGGGGACUGGGACUGCCCUUGGUGUAAAGCUGUGAAUUUUUCACGGAGGGAAGUUUGCUUCCGCUGUGGGAGGGGUAUCUGGCUGCAAACCCCUCAGUGA